UAUUAUAAUCAAAAAAACCUAGACCUGAAGUUUUGUCUGAAACUAUGUUCAAUUGAGUCUAAAAAUCACAAAAUAUAUAUUUAUUGUUUUUUAAUAAAUAUUAAUAAUUCAUUAAAUUAAAUUAAUUUUAUUUUUACUUGUUUAACAAAAUCUAAACAAUUCUUUGAGGUUUAUAAAAUGAGUAAUAUUUAUAUACAAGAACCUCCUACUUCUGGCAAAGUUGUGCUGAAAACUUCAUUUGGAGAUAUUGAAAUUGAAUUAUGGUCAAGGGAAGCACCAAAAGCUUGUAGAAAUUUUGUUCAAUUAUGUAUUGAAGGAUAUUAUGAUGGAGUCUUGUUUCAUCGUAUUGUUAAGGGUUUUAUAGCUCAGGGUGGAGAUCCAACUGGAACUGGAGCGGGUGGUGAAUCAAUUUAUGGCCAUCCAUUUAAAGAUGAAAUACAUUCACGUCUUCGGUUUAAUCGACGUGGUUUGGUGGCUAUGGCAAAUGCCGGAAAAGAUGAUAAUGGAUCUCAAUUCUUUUUUACUUUAGGGUCUACUCCAGAACUACAAUCCAAACACACAAUAUUUGGAAAAGUUGCUGGUGACACUAUCUUUAAUUUAACCAAAUUAAAUGAAACUCUUGUGGAUACAGAAGAUAAACCAGUUUAUGAUCAAAAAAUACUAAAAACUAUUGUACUAAAUAAUCCUUUCCCUGAUAUUGUUCCUAGAGUUGAAAAAAAGAGUGAAAAAAUUGAAAAACUUUCAAAAAAAAAAGAGGUUAUUGGUGUCAAAAAUUUUAAACUUUUAUCAUUUGGUGAAGAAGCUGAAGAAGAUGAAGAAGAACUUAUUGAUGUUGUUAAGGAGUUUAGUGGUAGACCAAAAUCAACUCAUGAUGUUCUUAAAGAUCCUCAGUUAAGUUCAGAACCUGCUGUUGUAGAUAAUGAACUUACAGAUGACAUAGCUAUACCUUCUAGUGAUCAGAUAUCAAAAAUAAGUAUUGAUGAUGUUCGGUCAAAAUUGUCAUCUAAUAGUAAACAUAAAAAAAGUAUACCUAAAUCAGUUGAACAAUCGAAUGAAGAAGAUUCUGAUGAUUAUGAACUUGGAAAAGAUCUAAAAGAAGAGAAAAAGAGAAAAGCAGAGGAAAUCCGGAAAGAAAUAAAUCAAAUCAAAUCUCAACUCAAAAAAAAAAAAGAUAAAAAAAAAGACCUAGAUAUAGACAAUACACCUAGUAUACCAGUAGUGCCUAUUGAUCCACUUAAGCAUCAAUAUUUGGAAGAUAUAAAAAAAUAUUCUUCCAAAAAAAGUGAAAUUCCAAAAAAAGGUUCAAAUAGAGAAGAAUUUGCUCUUAGUCUUUUAGAGCAAUUCAAAAAUAAAUUACAUAAUGCUAUACAAUCAAGCCAAGAAAAACCUGAAACAAAAUCAAAAUCUGAAACAGAAGAAGAUGAUGAUUGGAAAUGUCAUCCUCUUCAAUUUCAGAAGGAAGAUGCUGUACUAGCAAAAGAUGCAAAUAAAAAAGAUGACGAUUGGUUUGAAAUAUAUGAUCCUAGAAGUGCUAUCAAUAAAAGGAAACGUGAAUUGAAUAAAUUAAAUUUAAAAACUGAGAAGGAUAAAAAAACUAAACUUUAAAAUAU